ACUGAGAGGAAAGUGAAAGGCGGUGGGGAAGUGGAUCUGGUGAUACAGCAUCCUCCUUUCGACUCCAACCGGUGAUAAUCCAGCUAAUAUCAGCUGGAUAAGAUAAAGGAGCAGCAGUCAGGCUGUAGUCCUCCAGAAGGCCGGUUCGGCGCGGUUCAAUAUUAUUCCCUCCUUCGAAAAUCCUGCUCAAACGGAGAUUUUACGCGGAAAAAACGCUAAUAAUAAACAUGAACGCGACUGAGCAUUCCCCGCUGGCUGAGUACGAUUUCGAGCGGCGCUUCGACGAAAUAAGAGCCCUGGAAUGGAUGCAGGAAAACUGGAACAAGGCCUUCAUGUUCUGUGGCCUGUACGCCGCGCUCGUAUUUGGCGGUCAGCACUUCAUGAGGGAAAGGCCGAAGCUGAACCUGCGACGGCCGUUAGUGCUGUGGUCUCUCAGCCUGGCCAUCUUCAGCAUCAUAGGAGCGGUGAGGACAGGACUGUACAUGGUGCACGUCCUCACAACCAACGGCUUCAGACAGUCUGUGUGUGACAUCAGCUUCUACAGCGCCCCCGUCAGCAAAUUCUGGGCCUACGCCUUUGUUCUUAGCAAGGCACCAGAGCUGGGGGACACGAUGUUCAUCAUCCUGCGGAAGCAGCGCCUCAUCUUCCUGCACUGGUACCACCACAUCACUGUGCUGCUCUACUCCUGGUACUCCUACAAGGACCAGGUGGCGGGCGGCGGCUGGUUCAUGACCAUGAACUUCGUGGUCCACUCCUUCAUGUACACGUACUACGCUGCCCGGGCCGCCGGCUGGAGGGUGCCCCGCCCCUGCGCCAUGAUCAUCACCACCACCCAGAUCCUGCAGAUGGUGAUGGGCCUCACCGUGCUGGGCCUGGUGUACAACUGGAAGCACGAGGUGCGCUGUCCCUCCAACAUGGACAACAUCACCUGGGGCUUCCUCAUGUACCUCAGCUACUUGGUCCUCUUCGCCUUUUUCUUCUACGACACCUACCUCAGAGGCUCCUCCGGGCACAAGGGAUCCAAGGCGGAGUAGCAGGUCUGUGCGGGGCGUGCCAUGCGCAGAAAUGACCCUCAGCGAGGGGCCAUGAAUGUGUGAGUCACAACUAGUUUCCUGGUUGCUCGGUCCUUCUCUUUUUAUAACGUUUUCACUUGACUUUUUAUAGGCACUGCUUGUAACAUCCAUGGAUUUAGAGCGGUAGGAAAGAGCAGACCAGUUCAGACUGAGCACCGCUUUUACAUUAUGGAAAUUAAUUUAAAGGGUGAAGGAAUAACAUGUUGUCUUUGACUAACAUAGUUUUUACUUCAUUAGUUAUUGCCUCUGAUGGUUAGACUCUUGACCCUUAUCAAAACAGAACAGCCAUACAGUAUGAGGGCCAAAUAUUUGUAUGUUGUAAUGAAGUGAUCAUACUUGAUGUAUAUGUAAAAACUCCGAAGUGGAAAAAAAACUUUUAAAUUGUUAAAGAAAAAGCUCAACAUUUUGGGAAAUACAGGUAUAUGCUUGAUUUCUGAGAGUCAGAUAGCUUAGCUGUUUCCCCCUGCCUAGCGUCCUUAUGCUAAGCUAACUGCCUCAGACAGAAAGCAAAUAAAUGUUAGAACCCAAAAUGUUUAACUUCUGUUUUAGCCCUAGCAAAACUGUGUGUGAUAGUGAGUUUAGGAUUACCAAAAGGGAACAAAGACUUCACAAUGCACUGAAUGAAAGAAGGGUGUUUUUCUCAUACUUAUUUUUAGCACUCACCACACAUGCAUUACACACAGCAUUUUAACCCUUGUGCCUCUCUAGGGACAUUUUUAGCUUUUACUUUUAAUUAAUUUAGGCUAUUUUAAUGCGUAUGGCAUACAAAAUUAUAUUUUGAAGCUCACAACACGGGUAAAUAAUAGAGACCCUUAAGGUAAAAAAUAUCCCCAUUGAAACUUAUUAAAGCCCCAAUGUUUAACUAUUUCCCCCCAGAUUGAACCAUUAUCUAAUUUUAACUACUUGUGGCAAAUUCUUGCUUUUUGUCUGAUUUGGCAUUGCGGCCGUUUUAUGUCAUUAUAUUAAGUAAAUGUUGUUACUAAUAAUUGGUAUCUGCACUGUGAUGGAGAGGUGUCAGAGCCAACAGCAGUGUCUUGAUCAAGAGCACCUUGGCAGUGCUGGUGAACUAGCACCUCUCCAGUUACAUAUUAUACGUAUAUUUUGGUCAGAUGGAGACUUGAAAUGGCGACCAUUCAGUUCCAGAGCCAAGUCCCUACAGACUGAGCUACUGCCACCCAUACACAAGAAAUAAAAGGCAUAACAAGGGCUUUAUCGAAACAAACGUGUGGCAUUUAAAGGUUUAAAAUUCAGAAAAUUAAUCAAUAUUUAGUUGUCACAUUCAGUACUGGUGUUGGUGAAAUGUAACUCAGUGGAAUAUAUAUAUAUAUAUAUAUAUUUAAAUGUAUGGCCAUUUUGUGUAGGUCUGAGAAACGUUGAGUUCAAAAUCUCGCCUCUCCCACAGUACUGCCCAUAAACCAUUGAGCAUCUUCUUCUUCUUCUUAUUUUUUUACGCAAGCAGUCAUCGUCACGGAGGAGCGUCUGUGUGUCUGUGGCACGAGCGCAUUAUGUGAGAGAGAGAGACAGAGAGUUACAGGGGUUGUUGUUAGCAUCUGGUGCUAGCUCGGAGCUAACAGAGAUUAGAAGCUGUUUCAACAAUAAGGAGAGGGAGAGUCCUCUCCUGUCGGACUGAGAGGCUGAGAUAACGUCAGUUUAGGAAAAGGACUCGCUGAGUGAUGAGAUUGUAAACUUUAGUCUAAGUUAUCUCAGUGGGUCUCAAACGGUUUGGUCAUUUAUGUAAACAAAUAUUUCCAUCUAUUUAAUAUAGUUGUUCAAAAUAAGUUAAGAAAUCAUUCCAAUGUCAGUAAACAAUAAAAAACACAGUUUAAAAGGGGAGUGAUUAGUCAAAUGCAUAAAUAAAAAGAAAGAAUGCAGACUAGGUAAGAUAAAGAUAGGAGAGAGGAGUUUAUCAAUGAUGUGUUAUUGGUUGUGAGCAUUUCUAAUGGUUUUUGGAGUAUUGAAAUAUAUAUAUACAGUUCUGUUUCAUAUGAGUGUUGAGAGCUGUAUCCAUAAAUCUCUUAAUUUGUGUACCAGAUUGAUGCCUUUAACUUAAAUUUAAAGAAAAAAAAUCGUCCCUAUAUAUUUGUAAAAAGGCAGGAAAUGGAAUUAAAUCGAGAACAAUGUUUCAUUGCGGAGGACCCCCUGUUUUGUGUGUCCCCCCCACUUCUCAAACCAAAGUUACACCCUUGUGUGUGGUGACAUGCUAACACACCAUGAUCAAUCUACAGCCCAUACUUGAUGUGUGCUCACAAAGCACUUUGUCUGCUGAUAAGAUCUGAACACAUUCCUCCGCUCACAGCCGUCCCAGAGCAAAUAACUUCCAGGAAGUGGGUUAUGUAAUAUGUUAUUUAAAGCUAACGUCCCCCCGUCCUCUCUGUUCCUUUCUUAUUAUCCUGUGUACACACUGCACAUCUUGCCUUCUCCACCUCACUUGAGAUCUUACACAAAGCCCAUUCUGCUCCCCCUUCAUGGGUUUUUGGUUGGUGUUAUCAGAUGUAUAAAACUCAUGCUAGAGGACACCUGCUGUAUGUAUUGCACUGUUAAUAUCAGAUGUGUGUAAGCAUGGAUCUUUUCAAUCUCAGUUGUUGAGAAACUGGGAGCACGUGCACACAAGCCUGACUUCCACUCCCACUGGCGGCCAUAAGUGUUUGGUUGUAGAUCUAUUUAUCUGCAUCUGCUGUAGUAUUUCUGCUUGCUUGACAAGACUUUAGACCCGUCUGUUGAAAAAAAGAAGGCGUAUAGGUUCUCUAACUUCCUCAUUCAGACUUAUCUCAUGGACAUGUAAACCGUCCCCUGCAAUCAUGUCUUAGCCUUUGUCAAACAUCUCAAAUUUAGCCAGAGAUUUUGCUUACAGCACUUACAUUGAAAUGGACAUUGAGGUAAUAAAUAUGGAUAAAAUAAAAACACAAUGGACAUUAAACAUUUGAAAAAGGAAAUUGUUGUACACCCGCAAUUAAAGAGCUACUUAGGCUAAACUUCAUGUAAAAUAACUCAUGUUUUACUUAUAAAUGUGUUGUUUCUGG